CAUCAUUGGAGGAGAGUACCCUAAGGACGAAUAUGUGAUCAGUCGCCUUCAAAAUCCAAGAAAAAUGAUCUUUCCAAAAUAUCGUCCAAAAUCAGUGAUGGUACCCCUUUGGAAUCUGCCAAAAAUGGUCUUGGAAAUAUUUCGUCUGAAUCAGUGUUUAAUAGACUCAUUCAUCCCUAAAGAAUAGCCUCAGCUUGAAUUCGUGAUCUGCAGUUUUCAAAAUCCAUGAAAAACGACCUUUCAAAAAAAUUGAAGAAAAUUACCAAAAUGCCCUCCGCAAAUGGUUCAGGUGCACGGGGUCUUACCGUCUUGCCGUUGGUACUCCGCAUCUUGACGGAGAAUUCAAUUUCACCGGGUCUAUAUCGGAGACAGCGGGGCAGUUCGACCAAAUUUUUGCCCAAAUCGGCGAUUAGUAGACUUCAUCAUUGGUGGAGAGUACCCUAUGGACGAAGCUGUGAUCCGUUGCCUUCAAAAUCCAAGGAUGGUCUUUCCAAAAAAUCGCCCGAAAUCGGUGAUGGUACCCCUUUGGAAUCUGCCAAAAAUGGCCCCGGAAAUAUUUUGCCCAAAUCGGUGUCUAAUAGACUCAUUCAUCCCUAAAGAAUAGCCUCAGCAUGAAUACGUGAUCUGUAGCCUUCAAAAUCCAUGGAAAACGGCCUUUCAAAAAAAUCGAAGAAAAUUACCAAAAUGCCAUCCGCAAAAGUUCGACCAAAUUUAUGCCCAAACCGGCGAUGAGUAGACUUCAUCAUUGGUGGAGAGUACCCUAAGGACGAAUCUGUGAUCCGUCGCCUUCAAAAUCCAAGAAAAGUGGCCAAUCUAGAAAAACGCCCGAAAUCUGUGAUGGUGCGCUCCCUCCUUUCCUAAAAAAAAAAUUAAUACAAAGUAUACAAAUCAUAGCAUUAAAAUAUAAAAAAUAGACAAACAAACAUUACAUUUUACAAUAUGUACAAAAUCGUCAUAUAAACAUUACAAACAUAAUAGAUAAAAAUAACAAACUAGAAUGAUAAACGAUACAAACCGAAGUGAUAUAAACAUUACAAACUGGAAUGAUAAACAUUACAUAAUAGGUCGACAAACAUCACGAAUCCAGCACUGUCGUCGGAAAAUCCAUCUCUGCCAUGUCUAGUCGUCGGACUCCUCGGCCAUCGCCGGAAAAGCUACCGGAAUUCCCAGGGUGGUCGGCGGCAGGUCUCAGGAAACAGGCGGCCGGCGGAAGGGACAGCUAAUUCAGCCCAAUUUUUAUUUUUAAUUUAAUUAUUAAUUAAUUAAUUUGUGUAAUUAUUAUCUUGUCCUUUAUUAAAUGAAAUUAAUCUGGACCAUUAAAUUUUAAUGAGAUACAAGAGUGGAGAUUCAUUUAAUCAUUUGACUAAGCUACCCUUAGUCACAAGAUCUCAGCCGCCUAGCAAAUACAGUGAGGAGAAUUUUAAUUACGCAGCGAAACUCCACCAAAAUGUAACAGACUGGCCCCAUGAGAAAUUCUGAAAUUGGCAUUAGAUCUCGUCUCGCAGCUGGGGUUGAGUGGAGAGCAUCCGAAUUAUUAAAGUUGGUGGGGAGACGAGAUGACUUGUAAUCACAUUAUCCAUAGGAACCAGAUAUGGUGACCAAGUGGCACUAUCUCAGUGGAUGAAACGAUCUUCCCCUUAACUUUACCUUCCAAGAUAGAGAUAAUUCUAACUUGCCACCAGCCCUGGAAAAAAAAGGAAAAAACCGGCCACACAAAUUGCUCAAACUCAAAAGCCACACUCCCCAACUGCAACUUCUGCUGUUUUCAAUUUAUCUGCUUCACACCCUGAAUCAUGGCUAGCUGCAACAUGGCAUCGGCCGCUUCAGGGUUCGUCUUCACACCUAACGUCACAACAACCUCAAAGACCAGCGGCAGCAGCUUCUUGUUUUUCGCACCCAAGAACAGCAGCAGCGGUUCCCGGCUGCAGCUCGUUGUGAGGGCGGCCGCGGACGAGGGAGCGGCGCCACCUGCUGCUACUGCUACAACUCCAGCUCCUGCUGAGGGUGAAGCUCCUAAGGCUAAGGUCAAGCCGCCACCGAUUGGACCCAAGAGAGGAACCAAGGUGAAGAUUAUGAGGAGGGAAUCCUACUGGUUCAAUGGGAUUGGAUCCGUAGUAGCUGUUGAUCAGGACCCCAAGACUCGCUACCCAGUUGUGGUUCGAUUCGACAAAGUUAACUACGCAAAUGUAUCUACGAACAACUAUGCUUUGGACGAAAUCGAAGAAGUUAAAUGAGCUUCAUACAUGUCGUGAUGGAAUGAUUGUAUUACUAUUAGUGUUGUAUAUUUUUACUUCUUCUCUGCUAUUGUAAUUUUGAACAGUCGGGUGUCUCAAAGUUCUCUCUUAUUUCUUCGCCUAAAGCUAAACACAGCACAUCCCUUCCACACCUUCUAUUGCGAUGUCAUCAGUCAUCGCACCUUGCCGCGAAUCAAACGUCUGAGCCGACUGUUGUAGUAUUCCCUUUCCCCUUCGUGGUAUCUUCCUGCCAUCUUCUCGGUUUUACUUGCAAAAUUUCGGUUCGAAACCCCUUAAACUAGCUAUGUACUGGGAAGUGGAACACUGCGUGCUUUCCUAGUUAGGUAUGAACGGGAUUACUUGAUGAAGAUGUAGAGCUUUCAGGUGUUGUUGAUAUUUUCUUCUUGUGCUUAACAAUACAUAGCCUAGGGCUUAUAUGGCCGAACCCUUUUACUGCAGACUAGGGAUCUCGGCUUGGGCUAAGAAUAAAUGUACACAAAUCACCAAAUUAAACAAAGGGGGCAACUUAAUCCAUGCGCCUGCGACACCAUGCACAAUAAGAUGACAUGUAACUUCCCAAACUUGGAAGUCAAAUAGGAGAAGUUAAAGAGAUCAACUCCUUGAUCUAUGAUUUCUUUUGAGAUGUCACAAUGUUCAUGCACAAAAGUAACAAUUCGUUGCCACAUGUGUUGAUUGAUUAUCACAAUGAAGGAUCAUGGUGACA